AUGGCUGCCAUUUUUUCGCAAUUUUCUCCCACUGCCGUUCUCGAGAGGGUCCAGUUGCGCGAGACAGAAGGGCGUUCUGCUUCCGUAGCUGUUUCCUUCAAUGGCCUCAGACGUGAGUCCACGAAAGCACUACCAUCCCGAUCAAACCGGGUCGUCCGCCGCCGUUCACGGUACUCAGUCGCACGUGCAGCAGAGAUCAAUGAUUCGUCUGAACCGUCAGCUGCUCCAUUCGCUACAGUCACACAGUCCUCCUCUACUCUGGACCUGUCUUCUGCCACUGCCGCUUUGAACCGCCUCAAAUCUAAUAUCGCUACAUUCACACAGUCCACUUCAACUCCAGAAGUGUCUGCCGCUAUUGCCGCUGCUAAGCCUUACGCUCCAUCCGUCCUAGGCGCCGGGGCGCUCGGUGUUGCGUCUUAUUUAAUAGUCAGAAAGCUCACGUCCGGCUCUACUAAAGCGGAAGGAGCAGAAGCAAAAUCAGCUCCUCCUAGCGGCAUCGUGCCACGUGCCAAAAAGGCCGCAAAAACUGCGCUAGCGGCGAUGGCGGCGACUUUCCCGCGGGCCAUGCAGGAGGAGGCGUUCAUGAAGGCCGUGAGCAACGAGCUCAGCAAGCUCGGCUUCAAAAGAGACAACUGCAUUGCGCUGGUGUCGACGUGCCGGGAUGAGGUGUGCCGGCCGGUGGUGAGCCUGGUGGACCGCGAGUUUGGUCUGUCGUUCAACAUCGCGGGGCUGGGCGGCGUGCUCAACUGCGGCUCCACGGGCUUUAAGGCCGCCAUGUCACACUCGCCAGAGUUUCCCUGCGAGACCGAUGGGACUGUCAAGGAGAGAUACAUCUUCUUUGCCUUCCCUCACGUGUCCAUCGGAGAGUCGGGAGAGGUGGGAUCGCUGCUGCGGCGCGGGCGAGGCAAGCCCUCCAGUGCUUGUGGAGCGCUGAUAGCCAUUCAGAACGACAUCAAUGCGGGCAAGGCGACGGUGUCGGAUCCGUAUGAUGAGGAAUAUGUGCUGCUUAAGAAGAAAGUGAAGUCACUGAUUCUACGGCGGGGAGGUUCGGAGUAUUCAUUGGUGGAGGUGACUCGUGCUGCACUGGCGGCCGUCAACGACGACCUGGAAAAGCUCAUCUCACUCACUGUUGACCCAGCCACUGCUGACUAUGCUGUAAUCACAGGCGUGCAGAUUCACUCAGGCAACCAGAUUCCUGGUGAGCCAUUCCGCAUCGAGCGCACUUGUGAUUAUAUUGCUCCUGAUAUGAUGUACGCAGUUGUAAGAGGGCAGCGUUAUGACCUGCAGCUGGAAGCCGAUAAGGAGGACAUGGCAGUCCACUCUAAAGACGAGUCAAUUGAGCAGUAUGAAGCACGACUGGAAGCUAGAAGACAGCAGCUGCAAGCCAGUGGAGCAUCCGUUAAGAGCAAUCCCGUUUCAAAGACAGGUAGCAUGGCGGAAGCGUUUGAGAUAACGCCUCAGACGGCCUUGGGGAUCACAAGUAUAAUCAGCAUUAUCGCGUUAGUAGCUCCCUUUUUUAUGAGCGCGUGGAACCCCGCAGCUUCGCCUCACAUUAAGGGUCUCACCUACCUGACGCUGCUCUUGGGAUUCUACAUGGCUUGGAACAUCGGCGCGAAUGACGUGGCAAACGCAAUGGGGACGUCAGUGGGUUCGGGAGCGCUUACCCUCCGCCAGGCGGUGCUGGCAGCGGCGAUCCUGGAGUUCGGCGGGGCUUUCCUGGUGGGAUCGCACGUGAGCCACACGAUGCAGAAUGGAAUUAUCAAGGCGAAUGUGUUCGCCGGGAAGAACGCGAUGUUGUUCACAGGAAUGAUCUCCUCUCUUGCUGCCGCGGGAACGUGGCUUCAGGUUGCUUCGUAUUUCGGCUGGCCGGUGUCGACGACGCACUGCAUUAUCGGAGCCAUGGUGGGGUUCGGCAUCAUCUUCGGCGGCUGGAAUGCCGUGUACUGGUCGUCGCUGGCUCGCGUGGUGUCGUCUUGGGUCGUCUCGCCUCUUCUCGGUGCCAGCAUCGCAUACAUCGUCUACAAGUGCAUCCGAAACUUCGUCUACAGCUCGUCCAAUCCGGGACAGUCUGCGUCCACGGCAGCGCCAAUCCUCGUCUUCGCGGGCGUCUCAGCCUUCUCCUUCUUCUCGCUCUUCACCUCCCCCGGCGUCCUACUGCGCGCGUGCGCGCUCUCCCUGGCCGCGGGCGCUGCUUCCGCGGUGGCUAUGUCGGCGGUGAUCAAGAGGCAGAUGGGCGAGCUGCUGGGGGAGUUCUGUGAGAUUCCUCCCAAGCAGGUGGAGGAGCCGAAGCCGGAGAAGGGCCGCGGGCCCAUGGGCACGCAGCUGCGCAUCGUUUAUGGCGUGUUUGGAUACCUGCAGGUGCUGUCUGCAUGCUUCAUGUCUUUUGCUCAUGGUGCAAACGAUGUGGCCAACGCCAUCGGCCCCAUCUCUGCUGCUCUAGCCAUCCUUGCCUCCUCCUCCGCAUCCAUCCCCUCGUCAUCCCUCGCUGCCGCUCCAGUGUCUGCCGGAGUUGCCACACAGGUUCUCGUGUGGGGUGGUUUUGGCAUUGUGGCCGGUCUUAUCAUCUGGGGUUACCGUGUCAUUGCAACGAUCGGGAACAGGAUCACUGAGCUCACUCCCACGCGAGGUUUUGCAGCAGAGUUCUCAGCAGCUACAGUGGUGGUGGUGGCAUCCAGACUGGGCCUUCCCAUCUCUGCCACACACACACUUGUUGGAGCAGUGAUGGGAGUGGGCCUUGCACGCGGUAUUGGGAGUGUACGGGCCGAUGUGGUGAAGGAGAUUGUGGCAUCGUGGCUUGUCACCAUCCCUAUUGGAGCUGCGCUGUCGGUGAUGUACGCCUUCUUACAUUGCGUACUAAUGGACGCAGCAGCAGCGAGCCGAGGGAAGCCGGCGAAACCCUCGACGAGCAGCGCCGCGGAGAAUGAGAAGAAGCAGAGACAGCGCGUGAAGAAGGAAGUGUGUCAGGAGGUGGUGCGGAAGCUCCAGGAAGCUAAUCAUCCAUGCAUGCAGCAGCCUAACUUCGAGGAAGCCCUUCAGGCCCACUUUCUCCGCUUGCCGACGAGAUACGCCCUGGAUGUGAACACGGAGCGAGCAGAGGACGUGCUAACGCACAAGCGGCUUCUGGAAGAAGCUGCAAAGAUGCCGAGCCAGCCGGUGGUGCAUGUCCGAGCCGUGCGGGUCACAGCGGCACUGCCAGGGGCGGCGGGGGGCGAUGGUGCUGCAGGAGGGGCGACCAUGGAGACUGACGAAGCGGCAGCUGAAUUCAAGCGCCAAGGGUAG